CACUCAGGUUGCCAAAAUGUUCCUUGUGACCCUUUGGGAACUGACUCCUGUCAGGCCCUGGACUAAACAGCUCUCUAGGGGAGUAAACCAGAGUUUCUUGGCACACCCCUUUGAUCUCCAAAGACAAGUUUUAAAUUCUGGAAUCUGCAUUGUAAGAAGUGCAAUGAAUGUGCCUCCAUCUGGCUCUGUGGGAGUCUGAGAGCUGCAUUAUAAAGCGCUACUGUGAGAAGAGGUUUGUUCCCAAAUACCUGGCAACUAUUGGCAUCGACUACGGCGUCACGAAAGUGCAGGUCAGAGACCGAGAGAUCAAAGUGAACAUCUUUGACAUGGCGGGGCAUCCGUUCUUCUACGAGGUGAGGAACGAGUUCUACAAGGACACGCAGGGGGUCAUCCUGGUCUACGAUGUCGGACAAAAGGAGUCUUUUGACGCGCUGGAUACAUGGCUGGCUGAGAUGAAACAGGAGCUGGGCCCCCACGGGAACAUGGAGAACAUUGUCUUCGUUGUCUGUGCGAACAAGAUCGACUGCACCAAACACCGCAACGUGGAUGAAAGUGAGGGGCGGCUCUGGGCUGAGAGUCGGGGCUUUCUUUAUUUUGAGACUUCAGCGCAAACAGGAGAAGGGAUCAACGAGAUGUUCCAGACCUUCUACUCCGCCAUCAUCGACCUGUGUGACAACGGCGGGAAGCGUCCCCCUUCCAGCAUGGGAGUUGGCUUCACCAAAGAGCAGGCAGAUGCCAUUCGCAGGAUCCGCAACAGCAAGGACAGCUGGGACAUGCUGGGGGUCAAACCUGGAGCCACAAGGGAUGAAGUGAACAAAGCCUACCGGAAGCUGGCAGUGCUGCUCCACCCUGAUAAGUGCGUGGCGCCCGGCAGCGAGGAUGCCUUCAAAGCGGUGGUGAACGCUCGGACCGCGCUUCUCAAAAACAUCAAGUAGGGAGAGGAGCUACCUUAAACUGGAAACCUUCCCCUCGUCCCCACUAGCUUCGAGGCAUUUGCACAUCUGUGGGGUGCCUCUCUCCUCCUCAGCCCUCCUGCUGGCAUGGACACAGACUCCCAGCGCCAGCCCUGGGAGCAGGACUGCAUCCGACAUCCUCCUGCUUGGGAUGCGCCGCAAAGGGGGCAGAGAACUGAGGAGGGGAAAGGGACCUGAGGUCGUGGUUAGCAUGAGCAAUGCAGCAGUGUUGAAAGCAGCAGGUUUCCAGCCUUCUUGGCCAGGCUACACCCCCGAGGAUCUGCCAGCCUUGGAGGGGUUCAUUCAUGCAGCCCUAAUGUGUCAUUUCUCACUGCAGAUGGCCAGAGCGAGAGCUGCCUGCAGCAGCCCAGCGCAAGUGCUCCCCUUGCUCUGUGGCCGUAGCUCGCCUGACUGCAGCAGCCCUGGGACUGGCUCUCGGUCUGUGAGAAGCCUGGCAAGGCAGCCGACUCUCGCAGGGUUUGCUCUUCACACCACGCAUGACCAGGGAGGCUUAGGGCUGGGGCUGUAUGAUGGCCUCGGGGCUUCCCCUUCCUCCCUGACCUGUCCCCUUCCUCUUCGGGCUGCCGUGGUGCCGAGAACGGUCCCCUUCGCCAGGCUUUCGCAGGACUCAGGCUCUGCCCCGGGCACCCACCUCCUGAUCACAGUGUGGAGUCUCCUGCCGCUGCUCCCUUCCCUUUCCCUGAGCUAGGCUCGGCAUGGAAGGCUCCAAAGGCUAAAGUCCCUCAAGCCAUGCAUUUCCUCUCCCCUGAUCCUCUACCAGCUGUUCGCACCAGGCUGAUGAGCUCCAGGUAAGGUGACACUGGCUCUGGGGGGGGAGUUGUCCUUGAGCGUAGGUGGCCCUGGCUAUUUGCAGUCAGGACGAAGGUGCUGCCCCAGAGGAGGUAGUUCGGGUCCUAGCAUGGCUGCACACCCCUCCUGUCAGCUCUGCUCUUCCUCCUCUCAGCCUCGUCUCCCCGGCUUCACCCACACUGCAGAUCUGCUUGCCCUUGUACACAGCCACCAGCUCUGCAGACCUGCUCGAAGGGGGCUAAACCCAGCAGUGAGUUACGUCCCUGAGGGAAAGCUUUAGGAGUGGCUGUGUAAAACAGCAACCCCAAAAAUGCAGCACCCCCACCCGUGCGAGGAGGCUGUGCGUGUCCACCUGCCUGCUUGAUUGGCCUUUUGGCUCUCUCAAGUGUGGGUAAGUGAUGGAGGGGGCAUGUUUUCUCCCAACCCUGUUUUCUCACAGCAGUGAUGUAUCACUCUGCUUUGCAGGUAGGAUUACAGGUCUGCUUCUGCCUCGCUUAUCAGCAGACAGGUCCAGGUCGCUCUGUCCUAAACACACAGUCACUGUUUUCUCUGGAUAUUCACGUUGAUGCAGAGGGGAUCGUCACUGGUCACCCCAAGAAGCGGUGUGUGUGGAGGCUGGAGAUCUGGCUGUUGGCAAUGCUGAGAGAAGUCCGAGCUGCCAGGCUCCUAGGAGAGAGCAAAUUGGAGAUCCCUUUAGGUCCCACAAUUUCAGCAGGAUCCUGUUAUAUUUCUUUACUGCUAUGUGAGCUUGUGAGGAAGGGACCCAACACUAAGUUUUGAGAUGAAAGCCACUGAGUGUGUGUGUGUGUGUGUGUGUGUGUGAGAGAGAGAGAGAGAGAGAGAGAGAGAGAGAGAGGGAGGAUACUAAGUUAUUGAAAGUCACUGAGUGUGUAUGUGUGUCCUGCCCCAGUGUAUCCCAUUCAGAAGUAUUUUCUCCUGUGGUCAGUGCAAUUUUCGUUCACUUCAAGGCAGCUUUACUGUAUUGCCUUUUCAAAAUGUAUUAGAAAUCAAUAAUAGAUCCCCUCCCCCCUUUUUGGCAGCAGGCACUAAGGGAACUUUGAAGCCAGCAUCAUUUCGAUCUCUCCCCGGUUUCUGAUGCCAAGUUGCUGGGAGGUAAAGAUACGCUGUCCUGCUGGGAAGCACUCUUUGCUUCUCUAGUGUAGAAAUAUCCAAGGGGAGAUGUUGCUACAAAAGGUUAAUGUUUAAAAUAGCUUUUUCUAUCCUCCCAGAUACGUUAAAAACUGUAUUGGGGGAGAUAGCAGGACAGGCACUGGAGCUGCAGCAAGUUACACUAACAGAGGAUCUUGUUGUAGACACUUCAUAGCACUCCAGAGUUCACUGGAAACCUCCCCACUUGUCUAGCGAAGGAAACCACUUGAUUCUGGCUUCAAACCCAUUUUUCUGCACUUCUUUCCCAUUGAGGAGGGUAAAUAAUCCUGCUGCUGAAUGGUGCACUUUACUCUGAGGGAGAGAUCUCGGUGCCUGGAGCAGUUUAAAUGCUUCCUCGGUUCCUGUCGUGCAGGGGCUCUCCAGGUCUGUUGUGCCGUGCCCAGACUCUCCUCGCAGAAAUGCUGUUUGCUCCUCAGGUGACUCUGUCUGCCAGGCCGAGGUUUUUCCUGUCUGUUCGCAGAGCUAACCGGAUGUUUAGAGAUGAUUGCACACGCAUGUCACGUCUAGUGAUGCCAGUGACCUUCUAAGUUGUGUUAUUUUUAUAAAUUAAACUCCCUUUGGAACAAAGGAA